AUGCGUCUAUUGAAGCGCAGUGGUAGUGGGGAACUAAGCCUAACAGACGACCUGGUUGACGACGAUAUCCCUCGAAAAUACGCCAUCCUCUCGCAUACAUGGAUCCGUGGCGAGGAGGUCACAUUCGAAGAAUUUAGAAAAGGGAUGCGAAAGCACACAGUUGGGUAUAAUAAGAUUGAAUUUUGUGGAGAGCAGACCGCUCGCGAUGGCUUGGAGUACUUCUGGGUAGAUACUUGCUGCAUCGACAAGUCAAACAGCACCGAGCUAUCGAAGGCUAUCAACUCUAUGUUUCGGUGGUAUCAUAAUGCGACACGAUGCUACGUCUAUCUGUCGGAUGUUUCGGGAUCAGCCUCUGGCGCAAACAACCCGCAUUCACAACGUUGGGAGACGGAUUUUCGGAAGAGCCGAUGGUUCCGGAGAGGCUGGGCGCUUCAGGAGCUGAUCGCUCCUGAGUCGGUCGAGUUUUUCUCUAAAGACCGAGUAUUGUUAGGAAGUAAGAAAUUUCUCGAGCGGCAGAUUCGCGAAAUUACCGGAAUUCCUGCAACUGCUCUUCGAGGAGGCGCUCUAUCUCAAUAUGGCGUAGCAGAACGACUGUCGUGGGCCGAAGAUCGCGAGACUACAGAAGUGGAAGACAAGGCCUACUCAUUGCUGGGUAUUUUUGGCGCACAUAUGCCUCUGAUCUAUGGCGAAGGGGGAGACAAUGCACUCCGGCGGCUCCAUUUCGAGAUUGAAAGAGCAUCGACGGGUGACCAUUUCGAAGACUUUUCCGUCGGCUUUAGUCUCGCUGAUGCCUCGGAGACGGAGCGCUUUGUUGCGCGAAAGUCAGAGCUUAAGGAAAUACAACAAACACUCAGUAGCGAUGGCAGCCGUCGCAUCACUGUUCUUCACGGGUUGGGAGGAAUCGGUAAGACACAACUGACGGUUGAAUAUACGAAGCGUUAUCGAGAUAGCUACUCGGCAGUGCUCUGGCUCAACGCCAAAGAUGAGGAUUCUCUAAGGCAGAGCUUUGGCAAUGCAGCUAGGAGGAUACUACAAGAACAUCCGUCUGCUCAACGUCUUAGUGGUGUGGAUUUGAAAGGGAGCUUGGGGGAGGUGGUAGAGGCCGUCAAAGGGUGGUUGAGUCUCCCCAAGAACACAAGAUGGCUGGUCGUCUAUGACAACUAUGACAAUCCAAAAGUAGCGGGUAACACGGAUGCCGCGGCAUUGGAUAUCCGGAAGUACCUGCCCGAAUCACAUCAAGGAUCAGUUAUUAUCACUACGCGGUCGUCUCGGGUCACUAUUGGCCAUCGUAUCCCAGUCCGAAAGCUAGAGAAUAUGCAGGAUUGUCUUGAAAUACUGUCGAAUACAUCAAAACGCGAAGGCUUGAUAAGAGAUCCCGACGCAGUUAAGCUUGUGAACGAGUUAGACGGACUCCCUCUUGCACUUGCAACAGCUGGAGCAUACCUUGAACAAAUGACGACCAGUUUGGCGGAGUAUCUUCGUCUAUAUACGGAAUCAUGGUUAAAACUACAAAAGAGAAGUCCGGAGCUCAGCUCAUACGAAGAUCGAACACUCUACUCCACAUGGGACAUCUCCUUCAAGCAUGUUCAAAAACAGAACCGACUUUCGGCCCAGCUCCUACAACUGUGGGCGUACUUCGACAAUCAAGACCUCUGGUUCGAACUUCUUUGCCACGGCGAUUUAGGUGAUCCGGAGUGGGUUCGCGAGCUUACCGAAGAUCGAGUAAAUUUCGACGACGCAGUUCGGCUAUUAUGUAACUACGGGCUUGUGGAAGCAAACUCGACUUCGCAGGAGAUGGUAGAGUCUCAAGGACGGGAGUAA